AUGGAUUCUGAUGUUGCUGUUACUCUCUUGUGGAAUUCUGAUGUCAACAUCGUACUUGUUAUAUAUGGCCCUCCUGGCACAGGCAAGUCCAGCUUGAUUGCAGCCAUCGCUAAUCACCUUAACUAUGACAUCUACGAGUUGGAGCUAGCAGAUGUUGGUUCCAAUUCCGAUUUGAAGUGGAGGUUGUUUGCCAUGCCUGACCAAUCUAUACUUGUAAUCGAAGACAUCGAUUGCACAAUCAUGCUGCAAAAUCGGGAAACGGAGAAUGAAGAACGGAGGACCAGGAAAAAUCAGGUGACACUCUCUGGGCUCCUCAACCUCAUUGAUGGUCUUUGGUCAUGUUGUACUGACGAACGCAUAAUAAUUUUCACAACAAAUCUUAAAGAGAAGCUAGAUCCUGCGCUGGUGAGACCUGGGCGCAUGGACAUGCACAUCCACAUGUCAUAUUGCACCAUUUCUGCAUUCAAGCAGCUGGUAUUCAAUUACCAUGGCCUCUGCCAUCAACAACUCUUCGAGCAGAUCGAAGGACUUAUAAAGGAGGUUAAAGUCACCCCAGCAGAAGUUGCAAGAGAGUUUAUGAAGAGCAGAGAUGCUCAAACUUCACUCCAAGGCCUUAUCAAUUUCCUCCUGGAGAAGAAAACUCAACAAGAUUAUGAGCCUAAAACUAACACCGUAUAUACAAAAGAAGAGCACCCACAAGAAGGAGGAGGAGGAGGAGAGCAAGAGUUAAUGUAA